AUGGUGGCGUCAACACUGACGGGCAGCUCCCUCUACGAGAGGCGCGUUGUCGAGCGCGUCCACCGCUACCAAUGGCCCGGCAUUCAGCUCAACCUCUGGAUCCUCGUCAUGCUUGUGGCCGCCUGCCUCAUCAUCGGCGUUUUUGCGUCCUUUAUCGAGACGCAGCAGCAACUGCUUCUGCCCAUACCCUGGUACUUUCCCUACUACAUCACCGUCGCAUGCCUCGUAAUCCUCUUCAUCGGCCUCCUCCUCUGGCUAGUCUUCCAGCGUCGUCUCCUCCCAGCCAUUGUUAUGAUCGGCGCCUUCAUCCUCUUCAUACUAUGGUUCGUCGGUCUUGUUGUCGUGAGCAUUCAGCUCUGGGGACCCGACGGGUCCGUCUCUAGCACGUGUAACCUCGCCGUGUUUAACCGGAGCCCGACGGGGCAGAGUCUAGACACCCUCGCUUGGCUGGAACAGAGGAGUAUAUGCCAAGCGUGGCAGGCGGUGUUUUCAUUUGCGCUGGUUGGUGCCAUCUUCCUGCUUUGGAUCAUGGUCAUGGCCUACCAAGUGUUUGCCAGCUCGUGA